UAGAGUGAUUUUUUUUUUUAAUUUAUUCGUCGUCUUUUGAUGACGCAGAUGAAGAGCGACUCAUACACAUGCUAGCAGUGUUUUUUACAUUAUGGCAACAGUACAAGUCAGCGAGGCUGAAAAGGUGUACAUAUUACACGGUAUACGGGAUGACUUACGGGUGGAUGGAAGAGGCUGUGAGGACUACAGACACAUGGAAAUAGAGACUGACGUAGUUUCCAACACAGACGGCUCGGCCAAAGUCACACUGGGACACACGGUGGUUCUGGUUGGGAUUAAGACUGAAAUCGGAAAACCAAGGCCUAUGGUGCCAGAUGAAGGAUACUUAGAGUUUUUUGUCGAUUGUUCGGCCAAUGCAACCCCUGAGUUUGAGGGCAGAGGAGGCGAGGAGCUGGGGACGGCGCUGAGUAACACUCUCUACAAAGUCUUCAACAACAAACACAGCGUGGACCUGAGGAGCCUCUGUAUCAGUCCAGGAGAACACUGCUGGAUCCUCUAUGUGGAUGUGUUGCUCCUGCAAUGUGACGGAAACCUGUACGAUGCCAUCUCAAUUGCUAUCAAGGCAGCUCUCUUCAACACAAAAAUUCCUAAAGUGCACAUAUCGACCGACGAAGAAGGAGGGAAGGAAAUCGAGCUGUCGGAUGACCCGUACGACUGCGUGAGACUUGACGUAGAAAGCGUUCCUUGCAUCGUGACGUUGUGUAAGGUGGGCCACCGGCACGUAGUGGACGCGACUCUGCAGGAGAAGGCCUGCUCUGUGGCCAGCCUCAUCAUCGCUGUCACGCACAAGGGCACGGUCACCUGCAUCAGGAAGGUGGGCGGAGGCAGCCUGGAUCCAGAGAGCAUCUUUGAAAUGACGGAGGCAGGUAAACGGGUCGGGAAGGCUCUUCAUGCUCCACUCAUGAAGCUGCUGCAGCAGGAGGAGAGCGUGGGAAGGAAGCGACAGAAAGUCGGCUUCCUUGGUUGAAAUCAUUUACUGUAUCUACGGUAUAUAUUUACGUGUAUGCAGAAUUUUCUAAUAAAACUUUUAAUUUGUGCA